AUGCCUAACAACGUCCCUAAUCUCUAUCGUUGGGGAGUCUUUAGAAGACUGGCUACUCGUCUUGAGUCUCUGGACCAUUAUCUGGACGCCAUGACUGAGAUUAUGAAGUUUAGUGAUGCGGAAGACCGGCAAAUUCGCCACUAUGCCCACAAGAUCAUCUCUCUUACGGAGGUAAUAAAGAUUGCAUAUGCCACUGUCAAUUGUAGCAUUGGCGCGACCCUGCUCGUGAUUUGUUCAGAGGAAAAUGUGCCGUACAAAGCGGCAUAUUUUAAAAUGCUUGUCUGGAUCAGGCGGAGGAGGUCCGCGUUCCCUACUUACAUGAACACUCGCAUCAGUGCGCUCUUGGAUUAUUCCAUAGAGCAUAACAUGGUCCUACGGACCAAAGGAAUCGAUCCACGUGUCCAAUUGGGCAUUAAGGAGUUGAUAAUCGUCAAACAACCACGAGCGGGGCUCUUCAAAAAUAGUCAACGAGCUACUUAG